UGGCACAGUAACAACGCAGGGUACCACACGUUCGCUUGUUCGGCGCUCUGACUGACACUGCGGAAAAGUGUCCAGCCGGCGGCGUCCCCCCCGCGCGCCCCGCUUUGGCACAGUAAGAACGCAGGGUACCACACGUUCGCUUGUUCGGCGCUCUGACUGACUACACUGCUAUUUAUCGACGCCGAAAAGAUAAGAGAAGAAAACGAAAGCAUGAAUAAACGAAGAGAAGAGAUAAUCACAAAUAAAAUAUUAUUAGUGAAAUCACUUUUACAGAGAUGCGAUGUAGCACCUGAAGAUGUAUUUACAAGCACGAGUACAGAUUUAGUUUUUGACUGGUAUACUGGAUACCCAUCUUCGUUCAGAAAAGGUAAAGAGAAACGCCAACCGCUGACAUACUCCCAACUAAUGCAUUACAGGGAUCAUCAUCCGCUCAUCCAGAACAACCUAUCAGCAAGUGAAUUCCGUAGAAUACUAAAAAAGAUCUAUUUGAUAGACCGAAAUAUACCGAAGCUAGCAGAUUUUAAGAUUCAUGAAAGCGAAAAUACAAACGACCUUUGUUCAAAUCAAAAGAAGCCAUUCAAUUUGUUGAGCUUAGCAGGCACUAAGAAGGGGAUUAUCGUCGAAGAUCCUGUACGCGUCUUUCGGAGAACGCUGUUUUUGAAGAGGAUAGCAGAAGUCAGACAAGAAAAUUGGCACAUAAUAUACGUUAAUACGAUAAAGAAUUUCAUAAACAAAAUAAACAAAAACAAACCCACGGCGACAGGUCAAAAAUCUGUGACGGAGGAUCACCUUUUCGUAGCUGUAUCGAUGCAAUUAGGUGUACUGGAGGCACGCUUUUAUCAUGACGACUCACAGACGAGCAAGUGGCUCCUAAAUUUACUAUCUCAUAUAAGCGAACCAUGUGUCGUGGUAAUGCAAGAGGAGCGUAUUGAUACACCAACUCUGGCGAGCUCCAAAGUUGAGAUGAGUGAUUGGCUGACAGAAAACGGUAUCCCUCACAAUCCUAAUGCGCACCGUGGAGAAUUACAUGAUUUGAUAAAGUUGACUAUGGCACAAGGUAAAACUUCACGAACAGACGAAAUCAUAAGGGCUCUGGGGCACCACGUUUUAAGAUAUCCCGAUGACGUUGAAGAAUUAAACCUUUUGUGCGAUAACUUUUUUAGUAUUGUAAGCAAAGUAAAUUUGCAUAGCAAUAAAUGCAACAAGAAAUGUGUGUUGGAUUAUAUAAAGGAAGUAAAGCUUGAGGUGUGGCAGGAAUUUGAAAAACACGUGAUGAUAGAUUCGGAAUGGUUCAUACUUCAGGAAGAUAUGUUGAUGGAAAAAAUCAUUGAUGGUCUGUGUAUGAUGGCGACAGAUGGUGCAGAAAACUGCCUUGAAGACCAACUGAUUGAUCUACCAGAUUGGAAUAGGAUAGCAUCUAAAUUCAUUCUAUAAUAAGCGUUAAGUUCCUACUCCAUUCAGUUGAAUAAUAUAUAAGUAAAC